AUGUCGGGCACCAAUUAUACUCUCUACACAUACUUCAGGUCAUCAUGUUCAGCCCGUCUUCGGAUUGCCAUGAACGUCAAGAGCAUCAAAUAUGAUCUCACACCCGUCAACCUUUUGAAGAACGAGCAAAUCUCAGAUACACACAAAGCUCUCAACCCUUCAGGAUCCGUCCCCGUUCUCAUCCCUCCCACCUCUGGAUCCAAGCCAUUCCGCAUCGGCCAAUCUGUGGCAGCUCUGGAAUAUCUUGAAGAAAAGCACCCUGAACAUCCUCUUCUUCCUCCUCUUUCAGAUCUGGAAGCGCGGGCGAACGUGCGAACUCUCGUCGACAUCAUCUGUACAGAUGUUCAACCCGUUACAAACCUUCGCAUCAUGCGUCGCGUGAGAGAACUUGGAGGAAACGCGGAGGAGUGGAAUUGUAAACUCAUGACUGACGGCCUGAGAGCUUACGAGGAAAUUGCCAAGGAUACCGCUGGGAAAUGCUCCGUUGGUGAUGAGCUUACAAUGGCAGAUGCUUGUUUGAUGCCCGCUUUGUGGAACGCGGACAGAUUUGGUGUUGACCUUUCCGCUUUUCCGACAGUACAAAGAAUUGCAGAGAACCUGAAGCAUCAUCCUGCUGUUGUAAAGGCUCACUGGCAGAAUCAGCCUGAUACACCAGAUAACCUCAGAGCCUAG